CGAGUCCUGUAGGAAAACAAACGCUAGGAUUGGCUGAGACGCUGCGUCGGUUUCAAGGCGCCCUGCGUUCUGUUGGAGGGUCUUGUGAAUGGAGGGGGCGCCUGGAAACCGGUGGAAUCUGCACGGAGCGAGGAGAGCGAGCCUCUGGACUUCCAACCGCUCAACAUGUGAACCGACGCUCCGUUUGAAGUCAAGUCGAAAAACGAUGGAAAUAUAAGCAUUUUUAAGUUUAAAGCGUGUCUUGUUUUGCGCUAAAGUAACAACGUUUUCGUGAUACACGCGCUGGGAUACCUUGGGUUUGCAUUACUUCAAGAAAAUGGGACUUUAAGUGUUAUUUUCCCCGGGACGGGAGUGAGAGUGGGCUGCUUGGAGUCACUUACAAAGACCAUCAAGAAGUCAUGACACGACGAACGUUUCACUUGGAUUUAUCUUAAUAAAACACGAGGAAAAGACAAUUACGGCAAUUUCAACCCGAAGUACUCGGACUACAAGCUAAGUGUUGCGACAAUUAAUGUAGUUUUACUUGCUUUUCGACCGUUUUCAAGUCGCCCUACUUGGAUCAAAGUUUUUCCUUCCCUCCCCCCUCCUCUUCAACUAUGGCGGCGGCCAGGUCCACCAGUGGCUCCGUGUUGCUGCGGAUCAUGUGGCUGCUGUGCGGGCUGUCCUUCUCAUCGACUCAACAUUACAACAGUGAGAGUGGGAUAUCUAUUCCAGAACACGGGUUCUGCCAGCCCAUCUCCAUCCCGCUUUGCACCGACAUCGCCUACAACCAGACUAUCAUGCCGAACCUGCUGGGCCACACGAACCAGGAGGACGCCGGACUAGAAGUGCACCAGUUCUACCCUCUGGUUAAGGUCCAGUGUUCUGCGGAUCUAAAGUUCUUCCUCUGCUCCAUGUAUGCACCAGUCUGCACGGUGCUGGAGCAGGCCAUCCCCCCAUGUCGGUCCCUGUGUGAGCGUGCACGGCAGGGAUGUGAAGCCCUCAUGAAUAAAUUCGGCUUCCAGUGGCCGGAGCGGCUCCGCUGCGAGGCUUUCCCCGUCCACGGAGCCGGUGAGAUCUGCGUCGGCCAGAACACAUCCGAACCUAGCAGUCCUUCCUCCUCGUCUUCCCCCUUUUCACCCGAACUUGUGACCCUUCCCCCAAACAUGGGGCGCCCCAACCCACGCCCGCCCCAACACAACCAGUACCAGUUCUCCUGCCCUCUACAGCUGGAGGUGCCCACCUACCUGGGUUACCGAUUUAUGGGGGUCGACGACUGCGGGGCCCCAUGUGAGCCCACUAAACCAACCGGUAUCAUGUAUUUCCGUGAGGAUGAGGUGAAAUUCGGCCGGCUGUGGGUGGGGAUCUGGUCUAUCCUGUGCUGUGUGAGCACCUUAUUCACAGUGCUCACAUAUUUAGUGGACAUGAGGCGGUUCAGAUACCCAGAGAGACCCAUCAUCUUCUUGUCCGGGUGUUAUUUUAUGGUGGCGGUUGCCUACGCUGCUGGGUUUUUCCUGGAGGAUAAAGUUGUUUGUGUAGAUAAAUUCAAUAAUGACGGCUACAGGACAGUGGCUCAGGGGACUAAAAAGGAGGGCUGCACUAUCCUCUUCAUGGUGUUGUACUUUUUUGGAAUGGCCAGCUCCAUCUGGUGGGUGAUUUUGUCCCUGACUUGGUUCCUCUCUGCCGGGAUGAAAUGGGGCCAUGAGGCGAUUGAAGCUAACUCCCAGUACUUCCACCUGGCUGCCUGGGCUGUCCCGGCCAUUAAAACCAUAACCAUCCUCGCCAUGGGCCAGGUGGAUGGCGACGUCCUGACCGGGGUGUGUUUCGUUGGGAUCUUCAACGUGGACGCCCUUCGCGGCUUCGUCCUGGCUCCGCUUUUUGUCUACCUGUUCAUCGGCACGUCCUUCCUCUUGGCCGGCUUUGUGUCCCUCUUUCGGAUCCGCACCAUCAUGAAGCAUGACGGCACUAAGACGGAGAAGCUGGAGAAGUUGAUGGUGCGGAUCGGUGUGUUCAGUGUGCUCUACACGGUACCGGCCACCAUAGUGAUCGCCUGUUACUUCUACGAGCAGGCCUUCAGGGAGCACUGGCAGCGGACCUGGCACAUGCAGACCUGCAAGCGGUUCGCCGUACAAUGCCCGGUUCACAACUUCGCCCCCAUGACCCCAGAUUUCACCGUGUUCAUGAUCAAAUACCUGAUGACCAUGAUAGUCGGGAUCACUUCGGGUUUCUGGGUUUGGUCCGGAAAGACCCUUCAAUCAUGGCGGAGGUUCUACAAGCGCCUUAGCAACGGUAACCAUGGCGAGACAACGGUGUGAAGUUUCGAGGAAAGGCUCAAAGCCCCCGGGGUUUAGGAUUUAACAACCAUGUACAUGAGGUCAAAUAGCUUUCAUUUUUAAUACAAUUUUGGACUAUUUUUAAAGAGUUUUUUUCAGGUUGUGACAACAGUUCAGGCUUUUGGACACACAACCAAACUUUAAACUAUAUUGGAUUUUUUCUUUUUCUUUUUCAUUAUCAGACAGCCCACACUUCUGGCUUUUGCAUUUUUGGAUUAUAAACUGGUGUAAAUGGCCAUACUAGUCCCGGGACUGUAAUGCCAGACUGGUGAGGUUACUUUUCAUAUGAAACUCCAUGCGUAUUAUUGAUUAUAUCCUUAAUAUUACAAUUUGAAUGUACGUCCUGUCUACAAUGGUGAUAGUUUCUCUGUGGAAUACACCAUAACAGAAAAGACUCAAGCAGUGUGGCCUUCUGUCCAUGCAGCAGCAAAAAGGUCAAAGGUUUGAUCCCUACAGUAGCCACACCCUCUGACUGUGAAUACAUUAACUAGAGAUGUCUGGAUUAAUUAUACAUGUACAUGUUAAAUUACUCUUUUAGUUAAAGACUGAAAUGCUUUAAUAUGUGUUAGAUAUUGCAGAGUACAAUCUCGCCUGUUUUAAUCUGAGAAAAAGUCCAUCAACACGUGACUCCACCAUGCCAUUAUGUGCCAAGUGGCUGCCCAGAAAUCUAAAACUUUUGUUUCAUUUUUUACUUUAUUUUUUAACUUUUCAGACUGUUGAGUAUUUACUCCUAUAUUGAAUGUUCACUCCGAAGGUGAAUGAAGUUAUGUAUUGGUUUGCACAGCUAUCCUAAAGGUUAAAAGUGUUUAAAAAGGACUGAAUCAUCACAGGAUGACCUGGAUCAAACAGUCAAAGAGACCACACACACACACACACACCACACACACACACACACACACACACACACACACACACACACACACACACACACACAGGCCUCCACUCUCUGCUAUGAAGACACAACAGCUCAUUGUUUGUCUCUGUGUGUGGUCCCUCGACUGUUGGAUUCCCCCAUCAAAAAGACUUUAAAGCUUUUAAGACAUCCGAAGCACCAUUUCAAGGAUCCAGAUUUAAUCCAAACCGAGUGGAAAUGGUUGCUCAGGAUUUUUGAUGUUAUUUUAUCCUGGAUAAAGAUGACUGUACACCUGUAUUCUACCCAGUUUUCCCUCACUUGAAGUGUUACAUAGUUUUCACAAGCAGAGUUUUUAAGAAUCAUUAUUUCAGUGUCUAGGCAUCAUAACUCAAACUGCAUUUAUUUUCUCCGCGUCUGGAAACGGUACAAAUGUUUGAUGUUCUAAAUGGUGGAAACACAAAGGAAGGUUAACACCUUUUAUGGGAAUAUUUUUUAUUUGGAGAGAGCGCAGUAGAGACAGACUGUAGUAUUCAGUAGAGGUGUUUUUAUCUGGGACUGAAUCACUGGAGACUACAUCAAUUUAUUACAACAAAACUGUUAAUGAAAUUAAACACUAACAUUGCCCAGUGACCAGUUCAUGGUAAUAUUGUCUUUUUUAAAAACUUUAAUUAGGAAACCUCAUAACUAAAACAAGACAACCCCAACUUGUAUUUAAGUACUGCUAAUUUAUUUUCUGAAACCUACGUAGCUUUUAAAAUACUCAACACUCAUAAUUCAAGUGAGUAAAAACUAAAUUUAGAAAAACAAUGUCCUCACCUAACAGUACUGAAUACAUAAUUGGUAACAUUGGCAUCAACUUAAAACAGUAACCAGUGAUUUAGUCCCAUUAGUUGUCCUCUGUUGCAUGCGGCACUCUGGCUAUUUGAACUGAAUCAGCAAACUACAGUUUAUUUCUCUGACAAAAUAAUAAAAUCAGUAGGACAUCUUGUGUGGAAACCUGAGCAGAAAAUAAUGAUUGAGUCAGCUGCAAGGCAGCAUAUGUUCGCCAGAAGGUUUUGUUUCUUGUCAUAUAGCACAUUUUCUCUACACACUUCACAUGUAAAUGAUGAAUGGAAAAACCCUGCAGCAACAAGGGUAAACUCGCAACAUUAUGAACUUGUAAACCUGGUACUCUAGUUAUUUUUUAUCUUCAAAACUGCGUCCUGAAUCCUCACAUACUAAUACUAUAACAUAUACACUUAGGUACCAAUCUUCAUAGUAUACUGUUAAGCAGUUUUUGUACACAAUGUGUCACAUUUCUUAUGUGAAUGUACUACAUACCUCAAAUCCUGGUUAAAUGAGUAGGAUUGAGUUAGGAAUCAGUCGACACAACACGAGUCAUCUCUCGUCCAUGAUUUACCCUAACGAGGCAGAAAUAUUCUGUGUUAUUACCAUCAGGCAGCGGAGAUCUGCCGGUGUCGAUGAUACCAAACUGAUAUGUUUGUCUUGUACUAAGUUUUCAGAAGGAAUAUGAGUGUGUGUGUGUGUGUGUGAGGUUUUUUUAUUGGAACAUAUGCAACCUACCAAGUAAACACAGACUCUGUUUUGUAAAGGCAUAUUGUAUUUAUGGGGAUACUCAUUUUUGUCUUUUUUUACUUUUUUUAAAAAUGAGAUAAGCCUGUUGUAUGUGUACAGUUUGAAUAAAAUCGAUAAGGUUUGUAAUGCA